GCGUCGCUGCUCUCCAGGGACAGCCUUUGUUUGUCUCAACGAAUUUUUUCCAUUCCGUGAUAAAAUUUAUACGACAAUUAGUCAUCUGAAACAUAGAGCCUCAGUAUCGAAAUAAGAACUUAGUCUGCCAGUAAAAUAUAGAGUGCCAACAUGUCUCUCGUAACAGAUGAUGAGUGGACCGAAUACAAAGCCAAAUUUAACAAGAGCUACGAGGCGGAGGAGGAUCUUAUGCGACGGGGCCUGUACGAGAAGGCAAAAGCGAAAGUGGUGGAGCAUAAUAGCAGAUAUGACAGCGGCGAAGUAACUUGGAAAAUGGCAAUCAAUCAUCUCUCUGAUGACACGCCAGAAGAAUUUGCUAAGCGGUGUGGAAAACGUUUACCUCCUAAGUAAAUCUCUAUGAAAAGUGCAUUUAAACAUGUCUGCAAACGGAAUAAUCUCAAUUUUUAUAAAUAUUUGUAUCUGUAUGUUUUUACCCAACAAACCAUAUACUAAACAAUAAAUCAGCUGUUCCACAAGUGA